AUGCAUAAUGCAAUUCCCCCUUCUAAGGUCGAUUCUCAGCGGCAGCAGGAGGGGUCCAAGGCGAAUGCAGACACGAAAUCAGAUAAACAACAGCGCAAAAUUCCUCAAAUGGCCGAUCCUCGUUCAAGACGUUCGAAACAAAGCCUGCCCAAGGGAUUGCAACCUAUACAUCCGCUUCUACAACCUCUAGUUACUAAUCAAACUAUGACGCCUUUCCCUCCAGGCCAAAUACCACCAUAUAUGAUCCCUCCUCAGGCCAUGCACUUCGGACCUCCGUCCCAACCAGUUAAACCCAAUUAUAAUGGCGCCGUUCCUCACAGGAUUUACGUCGGCAAACCCGUACAACCACAGCUGCCACCACAAGGAGCAUCGCCUGAAGCCAUAGAGGCAUGGCAGAAGCUUCUACAGAGUUGUGUAUAUAUUCCGGUGCCGGGAGUGAUACCAGUCGUGAAGACCCCCAAGGCGCCCCCUAAAUUAUAA